AUGUGGAGGAAUCGCCAGCGUGGGUAUCUGGCUGGACGGGCGACUCUGGCGCAGGCCGACGGUCGGAAGACCAUGACUCUGCCCCGCCAGCUUGUGGCUGCCCCUCCAAGAAGUGGCAUGUGUUGUCGGUCAAUGACGGGUGAAAUGGGCAUGUCGAAUGAAGAAUUCCCCCAUGUUGGUCAAUCGAGGCAAUCAUCUGUUAUGCUCGACUUGAAACUGGCCAAAGUUCUGUCAAAAUCUACCAAAAUCACACCAAUGGCGACCAAUGGAAAAUCUGCGGCUGCCGAGGCCCAACCCGAGGCCACCACUGGCAACCCUUCACAUCGCUACCUGAGCACCCGUGGCGAGGACUCUGGGUUUACGUUUGAGCAGGCCGUCCUCAAGGGCCUCGCCUCCGACGGCGGGCUCUUCAUCCCUGAGGCCAUUCCCGCCGCUGCCGGCUGGCAGGCCUGGAAGGACCUGUCUUUUGCCGACCUGGCCUACGAGGUGCUCUCGCUGUAUAUUUCCCCCGACGAGAUCCCGCCCGCCGACCUACGCGACAUUGUUCGCCGCAGCUACGCGACGUUUCGCCACGCCGACACGACGCCGCUCGUCCACCUCGAGGGCAGCCACUACCUGCUCGAGCUCUUCCACGGCCCGACGUUUGCGUUUAAAGACGUGGCGCUGCAGUUUGUCGGCAACCUGUUUGAGUACUUCCUCGUGCGGAAAAAUGAGGGCAAGACGGGCAAGGACCGCCACCACCUCACUGUCGUCGGUGCCACGAGCGGCGACACGGGCUCCGCUGCCAUUUACGGCCUCCGCGGCAAAAAGGACGUCUCCGUCUUCAUCAUGUUUCCGACUGGCCGCGUCAGUCCCGUCCAGGAGGCGCAGAUGACGACGGUGCUCGACGCCAACGUCCACAAUCUCUCCGUCGGAGGCACAUUUGACGACUGCCAGGACCACCUCAAGGCCCUCUUUGCUGACCCCGACACCAACGCGGCCCUCAACCUCGGCGCCGUCAACUCCAUCAACUGGAGCCGCAUCCUCGCCCAAAUCGUCUACUACUUCCACGCCUACUUCUCCCUCGCCAAACAGUCGCCCGGCUUCACUCUCGGCGACAAGGUGCGCUUCGUGGUGCCCACGGGCAACUUUGGCGACAUUCUCGCCGGCUACUUUGCGCAGCGCAUGGGCCUGCCGGUCGACAAGCUCGUCAUUGCCACCAACGAAAACGACAUUCUCGACCGCUUCUGGAAGACGGGCACGUACGAAAAGCACGCGUCGCCAGACGUGGCGUCGGACAAGGACGCAGCGACGGCGCCGGCCGUCGGCGCCGACCCCUCGGGCGUCAAGGAGACGCUCAGCCCCGCCAUGGACAUUCUCGUGUCGAGCAACUUUGAGCGGCUGUUGUGGUUCCUCGCCUACGAGUUCGCCGCGACGGCCGGCAUGGACGACGAGUGGAACAAGCGCCAGGCCGGGCAGGAAGUCGCCGGCUGGCUGCGCAGCCUCAAGGAGGCGGGCUCCUUCGGCCCCGUCUACCAGGACGUGCUCGCUGCCGCCCAGCGCGAUUUUGAGAGCGAGCGCGUCACCGACGCCGAGACGCUCGACACCAUUGCCGCCUUUUACCGCCGCGUUGGCCACGUCCUCGACCCCCACACGGCCGUCGGCGCCGCCGCCACGCAGCGCUCCGUCGCCCGCGCCGUGCCCGCCGGCAUCCCGCACAUUUCCCUCUCCACCGCCCACCCGGCCAAGUUUUCAGGGGCCGUCGAAAAGGCUCUGGCCCGCGAGACCGGGUUCGACUUUGCCGCGCAGGUCCUGCCUGAGGAGUUUGUCGGGUUGGAGACGAGGGAGCGCAGGGUCGCAACAGUGGAGAAUGACUGGCGCAAGGUGCGUGAGCACGUCAAGGCUCAGGUGGAAAAGGAGCUGGCGGAACAGCAGUAG